GCUCCGAGCGUCGGUUGUUGAUUGCGCGGGGUAUUUUAUUGUGUUACGAAAAACCUAAAUCCAAACCUGUGUUGUGGAUUAUGUGCAUGUGAGAUUGUGAUUCCAGCUUGUGAUGUUUUGUGUUAGUGUCUUAUAGUGGAUUUCUCUUAAAAGUGUGGGACGGCUCGCGUCUGCCGCCGGACGCCUCCUCUGGUCUCAGGAUAUCAUUAAAGAUGCAACAAAACAAUGCGGCGAUUUGACAAAACAAAUGAAUAAAACAGACACCAAUCCAAUCAUGAUUGGGGAAUCACCUAACAAAUUCACCAACAGUAACCUUCUGGACCCUUCUAGAAGUCAGAGAAGUCUGCUAAAGAACCUACUAGAAGACAGAGGAUAUGUAGAUCAUAGGAAACGUGUGUGUGAUAGUAAUAAAUUAGACAAUACUAGUGAAUAUAGUGUGAUUAGAAGAAUUGUUUGCCGGUGCUGGAGGUUUAAGACGUUGUUAUUGUUAUUGUUAGUGACGAUAUUCGUUGAUACGAGGCUGCGUGUGGAGGCGAGAAGUGCAGAACCACGCUACGAAACUGCAUAUGCAUGCGAGGGGAAGACGUUAAAAAUAGGGUGUGGCGAGGGUUCCGUGAUCCACCUCAUACGAGCAAAUUAUGGACGCUUCUCGAUAACCAUCUGCAAUGACCAUGGCAACACUGAUUGGAGUGUCAACUGCAUGUCAACGAGGAGUUUACGGGUCUUACAUAGCAGAUGUAGUAUGCAUCAAAACUGUAGCAUACUGGCCAGCACUAACAUGUUCGGUGAUCCUUGUCCAAACACAUUGAAGUACUUAGAGGCUCACUAUCAAUGCGUGCCAGCAUCAACAACGAGUACCACCAGCCGCCCAUCACCACCUUGGCUAAUCACGUCACAGCCAACAGUAUGGAGGUCUACCGCACCACCGAUCCUCAAGAACCCAGUGCAAACCCAACAAGAGAAGAAGAAACCCACUGUGAUCACACCACCGACUUUCAGACCUCACAUUACACUACCGCCUGAAAUACAAUUAGGAAAUGUUGGGACAAAGAAAACAACACCAAGGCAGCAAGACUCGUCAUCAGAGAAAGAACUACCUCAGGUUCCAUUAGAGAAUGUCCCAGUUAUAAAGGAAGAGGUGUCAAAACCCCAAGAGACUCCCAAGAUUGAAAAGCCGAAGGAUAGGGAAGAAGAACACGUGGCAGUGACAGAUGACAUUCCACAAUGGGUGCCAAAAGAUGAAGAUGCUGAGGCGACUCCAUCAUUACACAGUCCACCGAAAGAAAAUCGACCAAAUGAAGAUGAUUACGAUAAAGUAUUCUCUACAAGUGCGACACCAGCUCUAGGCCGAAGGUCGUAUUGUCCGCAAGUUACAGCACGCGGUUUGCAUUGGAACUGGACUCUGGCUGGGACUUAUGCUGUUCAACCAUGUCCAGGUGGCGCCACUGGGUUGGCUAGAUGGAAGUGCACAUUAACAGCCCACCAACAUGUAGAAGAAGACCGUCCAAGACGAAGGAGUUCUGGGUUACAGUCUGGGGAGAAUUACCACGACUUAGGUCUGGACCAACCCAGUGAGAGGCAGCUGCAAUUGAUCAGGAGACUUGGUUCUGAAGCUUUGCUUAAAGGGCGUGGUGGUGAUACCCCGGAGCAUCUGAUAGAUUACCGCGGCAGCGUGGCAUUACCUGAUGCACAGGCUUCCAAAGACAAUCCGUCGAAUGGAGACUAUGUAUACUCAGAUACCAUACCAGAAUGGCAUGGUGCAACACCAGACUUAAGUGAGUGUCGGUCGGUGUGGCUUAAUAGCUUAGAAGCAAGAGUUCGGGAAGGAGAAUCUCUCCUUAGCAUCAGCAAUGAUCUCGCGCAGGUGACUUCCUCAAAAACCCUGUAUGGCGGUGACAUGAUGACCACCACAAGUAUCAUGAAGAAGUUAGCUCAACGAAUGUCCCAGAACGUGCAGACAUUUUCCGAUGCGAGGCAGAAAGAAGCAUUGGUCACUGAUAUGUUGCUGGGUGUUAUUAAAACAGGUUCGAAUCUUCUAGAAGAAAGCCAACGGGCGUCAUGGUCAGACCUCAGCAUGGAUGCACAGAAUAGAGUUGCUAGUGCAUUGCUCACUCAACUCGAAGAAAACGCCUUUUUGUUAGCCGAUGCUGUUACUAAGGAGAAAACUAUAUUACAGAUUGUUAAGAAUAUAUGUCUCUCAGUUCGAGUGCUGGAAGUGAAGAAUGUUGAAGACGAGACAUUCCCAUCAACUAUCGCUCAGGAACAGUGGAAGGCUUCUGAGGACACCAUCACUAUACCUAAAGCUGCUUUGCUGGAAAACCAUCAAGUUGACCUCGUCCGCAUUGUAUUCUUCGCAUUCGACCAUCUAGAAGAAAUACUGCCCCCUACAUUUGGAAAGUCCCCACAAUUUGCUGCAUACACUUCUGACCCGUCUUCUUCAGUCAGCAUCAACUCUGAAAAGGAGAAGAAAAACGUUACCCGGGUACUAAAUUCGAAAGUGAUAUCAGCCAGUUUGGGCAACGGACGUCACAUUCAGCUGUCACAAAUGGUCCGACUCACGAUGAAACACUUGAAGACUGAAAACGUUACGAAUCCUGCUUGCGUCUUCUGGGACUAUACUUUGCAUGGCUGGUCCCCAGAAGGCUGUGAAGUGGAAUGGUCGAACUUAACACAUACAGGAUGUGCUUGUUCGCAUCUAACCAACUUCGCCAUACUCAUGGACGUACAUGGUGUUUCGAUUGGAGCAAAACAUGUGAUGGCGUUACGUCUCUUGACGCUGAUUGGCUGCGCGAUAUCAGCUGUCGCGUUGUUGGCGGCCAUCGUCGUUUUCCAGUGUUUUAGGAACAUGAAGUCGGAUCGUGUACUAAUUCACAAGAACCUGUGUAUUUGUUUGUUGAUCGCUGAAGUGGUAUUCAUGUGCGGAAUAGAUCAAACGCAGGAUAGAAUACUCUGCGGUGUGAUCGCGGGCUUGCUACACUAUUUCUUCUUGGCUGCUUUUGCCUGGAUGUUCCUAGAAGGUUUCCACCUGUACGCGAUGCUAGUAGAAGUAUUCGAGCCAGAGCGAGCUCGUGCCCGAUGGUACUGCGUUGGCGGGUAUUUGGUACCCGCACUCGUUGUUUUGGCUUCGGCCGCCGCAUACCCACCGGGAUAUGGCACAUCCACACACUGCUGGUUGUCCACCGACAGAUACUUUAUUUUUAGCUUCGUUGGACCAGUCGCUUUGGUGCUUGUUGCAAACUGGAUAUGUCUCAGCAUGGUCAUUUACAUGAUGUGUCAUCAUUCAACAGUCUCAAUCAAAGCUAAAGAAAAUUCAAAAUUGUAUAAGAUAAGAGUAUGGCUGAAUAGUUCAGUUGUGCUAGCUUUUCUGCUGGGCUUGACCUGGACGUUUGGUCUACUAUACAUCAACGAGCAGACUGUGGGCGUGGCGUACGCGUUUACAAUACUCAAUUCGCUACAAGGACUUUUUAUAUUCAUCUUCCAUUGCUUGCAAAAUGAAAUCUUUCAAAAGGAGUGCGGUCGUCUCGUUCGACGCCACCCAUGGCUAUCUUGCUGCCUUCACUUUACUCAGCCUCUGGCCCAUACUGCUCCAACUGCCUCAUCAUCAAACCACGUCGAGACAAGGCAGGGUUCCGUUAAGAGCAGACGAUAUCAUCAGAGCACUGCCCCUGAUAGUGAAGACGUCGUAGAUCCUAGGGAUGUUACGAGUUACAACUUGCAACCGGAUUCAAGAUGGAAUAUACGUCCGACCGCGCCAAUAUACGUCCCGGGCGACGAUAUAAGAAACGCUCGAACUCCAACGCCUCAAAACAUUCCUCAUAGCUCGUCCCACUCUCAGAGUAUAGCGUCGAUGCAUAGCUACAGAAAUAAUAUCGAAGUCCCCAACGAUUACCAGAACCUUCGGUCGCGGUCGCCAUCUUGUUAUUCGAACAAGAUGGUGGCGUCCACUGGUGCGAACGACUGGGCUUUAAUGGCGAAUGCGGGAGGCAAUGUUUGGAAGAACACUUCUUCUAAACACCACCCGGGGAACUCUUCAACGUUACCUCAUCAUGACACGCUGUCUCGGCAACUUCAACAGAACCACAUUCACAGUCCCUAUGUCGAAUGUGACGUUCCGAUGCCCCCUGGAUCCCCCCGACACGUCAUCAAGGACGAAGAGUCCCCACUUCAUUACCCCCAAGGAUAUCAAACCACGCGUAGCUACAACCAUGAUUUUCGGAACCCCCACGUGUUUAUGUCCCAACACUCACCUGGCAGCCAAGAGAUGAUCUUCAGGAAGCACUACAAGGACGAGAAUCGACGCAAACAUCACCACCACCACGGCAGCCAAAACGUCAAUCACACCUAUUCGGAAAUAGCUUCUCAGCAAGGACGAAUAUACCGACGCGGUUCCGAAGAAUUCCGCGUCAUUCAGGACGAUCCAGUUUACGAGGAGAUCGAGCGUAACGAGACGAUGAUGUCCGAUAUGUCGGACGACAACUCUGUCCCCGACUGCAGACAGAACCCGGGACACCACGGAUCCUCCGGAUCCAAGUUUUUUGGGGACCAUCGGCCCCUCAUCUCCUACAGCCCCGGGGAGAGGCACCAUCACGACCAGGAACACUACAAGUAUGGCAAAUGGGACACCCUGGAGAGGGCCUACGAUCCGAGGCACGCGUACGAAAGCGGCAAGCUGAUGCACCAGUACCAUCAGCCCCAGGAGAACAUGAGGGCGCUGGCCGCGGUCCUGAACGGGGAGAACAACGUGGUGUGCCACUUGGAGCCGCCCCACUCUUACGACGCGUACCCCCAGAGCGGCAACCCCAGGACUGUAUCGCAGCCCAGUUUUUAAAUUUUUCCUAUGAAUCCUCGAAUCCUGUUUCUAUUUUUGAGUGUUAGUGACUCGGAGUGAAGUGUACAGAUAUAGCGAAUGAUUUUUCUAUGAGACGUAGUGUAGCAACGAGUGAUAGUACCCGUAGAUACUUGCCAUACCGCGGACUUUGUAUUUAUAGAUAUAGACGUAAACUAAAAUCACUUUUUCCACUGUGAUCCUAUUUAAGUGAAGGCUCAACUCUGUUGCGAACCACUUUUAUUUUAUACUUUGAGGUUUAUUAGAGACUUGUAAAUACCUAGACUAGACGUGACUCCGGUGUGACCUUACUACUUCUACUGUAUCGGUUCGAAUCAUGGCAUUUUAUAUAUAUCUGCAUUUCUUAUAGUAGGUAUGAAAAUCUGUGAUGUUCAUUUAUAUGCUUUAGAUUAGGUUUUACGGACGUUCCGUCACUGCCAUACGUUUAUGUUUUGUAUGUUCGUUCGUUUCGGCAGCUUUUUAUCGUUUCCAAAAAAUAAUCCAUCCGACCUACUUAGACUGACACCACUAAUGUUGUGCACUCUUAACUUAGAUUAGGAUUUAAACAUCUACGUAUUGUAGAAUUCUUUUAACGCCAUGGAUAACUGUUAAUUUUAAUAUAAUUAAGGAAUUGUUUUUAGGAGCGGAUACAAUAACCUAUGUAUGAAUUAAUUUCUUGUAUAUUUUGGAUCGUAAGCAAUAUAUUUAGACUGGAGUGUUGAGUGAAUGUUUGGCUGAUUCACUUUGAAACAAUAAUUUAUAAAUUUAGCCAACAUUGACUUUCUAAAAGGGGAAAUAUGAAAAAUAUCAAAGGAGGUUUAUAUUUUGUAUUUGGGUAUUACUAGUCUAUUUCUCCAGUAAUUGUACAGUGUCUUGUGUAUUUCUGUUAUUUUGUUUUGAUUGUAUUUUAAUAACGUUAUAUUAAUGUAGGACGAACAGAAUGUGUACAUAAUUUAAAGUUUAUAUAAUAAAGAGUGGCUGUUCUUUAAGGACGACCACGCAAUUGA